AGAAGAUUCCCAACAUCUCCAGGUCCAAAAAGUGUUUGGACUAACGACAUGUGCAAUGUUGUGUUCCCGCAUGUCAUGCCAUGAGUUCCAGUAUUCUGACACAAGCCGCACGUGCAUCACACGACACUUAGAGCCAAUAUCUGACAGCGUCCUUAACCCAGGCAGCGGAUUGUUUGACAUCUUCAACGACAACGAGCAAGAGCCUAAGACAUGUUUUGAGAUCAGGAAAAACAACCCAGAAGCUCAGAGUGGAGAGUACAAGAUCAUUCCGUCGGCUUCUCAGUUUGAGGGUGUGUCAGUGAAGGUCUACUGCUUGAUGAAUGACACACACCAGAUGGAAUAUGUCACACUGCCAAAUAGGAACAUUGGAAACUAUCCCAAAAGGUCGAACAAUAAUUGCAGAAAUGAACAGCUUUAUUUACUAGCUGCUGGUGUUGGUAAAGACGGAGUAACAGAGUAUCAGAAGAUCAGAGUAAAGCCAUCGACUAUGACUGUUGUGAGAACUGACACCACCUUCACAAGCGGGAACAAGACGAAGCCACAUACAUUUGGUACAGCAAAAGAUUGUUACUCAUAUUCUGGAAGCUGCAAACGAAUAGGAACCUUUCACAUCGACACACUAGGCACAGGGAUGAAGUUCUCCACUGAUCUUAAGUGGACUGGAAAAGGAAGCGUAGGCAAAGUGUACAGUAUAACCCGGACACAGAAUGGCGCCGUCAUUGAUCUGGUGUGUGGAGGCUGGUGUGGGGGAUGCGAUCCUGAUGGAGAUAUGAUCCUCUACCCAAACAAUCUGGAUAUUCAGCCAUAGGUCUACCCGUUGUG